AUUACACAAGAGGGGACCAAUAUCCAACAAGCAUUAAGAUGAAAUACAUUUAAAUCCAAGAUUUUUAUUUCAUAUGCAAAGGGGAGACCAAUAUUCUCAUAUAUAUACACCAUCAAAUUCACUUCCAAACUUCAUCUUCAUUCUCUCCAUUCUCCCCAUUUCCCCAAAUCUAAUUAAAAUCUCAUCACCGCUCCUCUUUCCUCCCUUCUUCUCCCUCAUUGCCGUCAUGGACGGCGGUUGCUUUGUCCUAUAGUAAUCAAACCAUUGCCAAUCUUUUCUAUCAAUUCCAUGUCGAUCUCGUACUAUCCAGACUUACUUUGUUCCGAGGAAUCCGGAGAUGUUCUUUCUGCCGGACAUGCAUCGGAAUUCUCAUCGGAGAUAGAUUUUCCGGUAAUUGUUGUAGAUGAAGAAGAAUCUUCGAUUAUCGCUGGAUUCAUCGAAGAAGAACGGAAUUCCAUUACUAUCACUAAUUCCGGCGAUAAUGUUUCGUAUUCUAGCAUUUCUCUCUCGUCCUCGUCGAACUUUCUAGACUCUUCAUCUCGAUCUCGUUCUGUUGCAUGGAUUCUCAAGGUGAGAGCGUUCUAUGGUUUUCAGGCUGAGACAGCAUACCUCGCUGUCAACUAUGUAAAUCGUUUUCUUAAUUCCCAUCAUCUACCGACAGGUGGGUGGCCAUUACAACUUUUAUCAGUUGCAUGCUUGUCACUAGCUGCCAAGAUGGAGGAACCUCUUGUUCCUUCCUUGUUGGAUCUGCAGGUUGAAGGCACUAAGUUCAUUUUCGAGCCGAAGACAAUCCAAAAAAUGGAACUUCUUGUUCUAAAUGUUCUAAAUUGGAGAUUAAGACUUGUUACACCUUUCACUUUCAUCGGCUUCUUUGCUUACAAAAUUGACACAACAAGAAAUUGUACAAAACUCCUAAUCUCACGAUCAACCGAUAUUAUCCUCUCUAAUACACAUGAGGUCGGCUUUGAAGAAUAUUGGCCAUCAAGCAUAGCAGCAGCUGCCAUACUUUGUGCAGCAAGUGAAAUGCCAAGUUUGUCCUUAGUCAACCCUGAGCAUGCUGAGUCAUGGUGUGAUGGGCUGUGUAAAGAAAAUGUUAUGGAUUGCUACAAAGUAAUGCAACAAUUAGUGGUGGAUAAUAGCAGAAGAAAGUCCAUCAAAGUGAUACCACAAUUCAGAAUUACAGCACAAAUCACAAAAAUCAGGUCAUAUAAUGACUCAUUAUCUCCAUCUUCAUCUUCCUCUUCUUCAUCAUCUCCUUUUUCUAAUAAAAAGAGAAAACUAAACAAUAAUCAAUCAUGGGUAGAUGAUGAUAAUUAUGAUCUUUAAUAAUUAGGUUACUAAAUUUUUUUCCUUUUUCUUUUUGCCUAGGAUGGGCUUUUGAUCAAUGAUCAAUAAAUUUAUCAAAAAUAUCUAAUUAAUUUGAUUUUUUUUUGAACCUUGCAUUGCCAUUUGAUGAAAAAAAAUGGCUUUUGCAAAAUCCCAAAGGCAUUGGGAGUUGGUGUAGUUCAUUGUAUAUGUAUACUUGAUUUUGUGUGACACAAAGUAUAAGAUAUAAUGGUGGAGAGAAAGAGGAGUUUGAUAUGGUGGAGAGUUACGAAGUGGGAAGUGAUUGAUAAUAUUGCAUAUUCAAAGGUUAAGAUUUUUCUUUUGAAGUUGGUGAGCGGGUCCAUUGUAUUGCAAGUAUAGGUGAGAAAAAAGAAGUGAUUUGAAAUAUUAAAAGGUUUUAAGAUUUUUUUGUUGAUUUUUCGUAAUAGAUAUAUAAGAAGUUCGGGUUAAUACUUUUCUUUUAAAAGUAAAACCUGAAUACUUAUUUUCUCUUUUGAAAAUAGAAAAAGAAAAAGUUAAAUCGAGUCGUUCUUUUUCUAUACCUCUCUAUCUCGGUUUCUAUGCCCUCAAAUCCUCAAUUAAUUAAGAACGAAAAGAAAGAUCCAUAUCAAAGGAUGGAUGAAUAAGAUAGCUCAUGAAUAACAUUAGUGUUACACUUUCAAAAAAUAAAGAAAAAAAGAGUAAUGUGCUGCACGGCCUAGAUAAAGAAGUGUGGCUCGUGUGUGUAUGUUGUAUUUUUUGGCGGGAAAAAGUUGCAUGAAGCAAUUACUUAGUACAUAAAUUUCAGUUUUGAGAAUUGUAAUCUAUCAAGCGUGUGAUGGUCACACGUGUAAAUUAAUUUUUCAAUUUUUUUUAGGAAUUUUUUUUCAAUUCCUUUUGUUAUUAAGGAAGAAUCAAUUUGCUACUAUUAAAAAUAUGUGUAAUGGCCCAAAAGAAUUGUGGCCAAUAAUGUAAAGGGUCUUGAGGGAGGGGACCUUUUAUAUGUACUACUAAAUAUGUUUGUAUUUGGAUUCAUCAAUAUGAUGUAUAUAUUUGUUUUUGGUUAA